AACCCAACCGCAUUGAACCUUCGUGUCGGUAAGAUUAUCCUGUGUGAGAAGCACGCCGAUGCAGACAAGCUCUACGUGUCGCAGAUCCAAGUCAAGGACGAGCAGGAGCUCGUCCAGGUAUGUUCGGGGUUGGUGAACCACAUCCCCAUCGAGCAGAUGGUAGACCGUCGCGUGGUGGUGUUGACCAACUUGAAGCCAUCCAAAAUGAGAGGGGUCAAGUCCGAAGCCAUGCUUCUCGCCUCGGAAAUCGACGGCCAGGUGGACUUGAUUGAACCUCCUCAGAAGGCAGUGUUGGGUGGCAGAUUGCAGUUCGAGACCUUCUUGUCGGAAGUGGAGCCUUCCAGACUCAAGCCUAACGUGUGGGAAGACAUCCAGAAACACCUUCGCACCACUUCCCUGGGCGAGGCUGCCUACGUCAAGGACGGAAAGGAAUACAUCUUGAAGUACGGGCCUGGCGCCUCCACUUCGCUGCUUAAGAACGCUCCUAUCAGGUAG